AUGUCGCAUAUGUCUCAUAUGACAGAUGAACAAAUAGCGAGGACCAUCGCGGACGGCUCACGCUCCUUCAGGCCAAGAAACAAGUCGUCACAUUCACAGCAGGAGAUGGACAGUGAAGACGAUGAAGCAUCUGCCAAAGUCUCUAGAACAGGACAGAAUCAACGACGUAAUUAUUCGGAUGCUGCUGGUGAUGGCACUGACGACAUCAAUAACAAUGCUCGACGACAGCAACAGCGAUCGUCAUUUGGCAAUAAUGUCGCGGAAUCACCUGAUGAAUUAAUUCAAAAGUGCAGACAGAUUAUUGAAAAGGUCAAGACUAUCAAGGACAAUACUGGUCGAGUCAUUUCUGCAUUAUUCCAUGAAAUGGUCGAUCCCGAUGAAGUCGAAGGCUACUAUGAUUUCAUCAAGCAACCUAUAGCGCUGGUCACCAUUGAACAAAAACUCGACGGUGGCGAAUACACAUCCUUUGAUGAAAUCAAGACCGAUUUUGAUUUAAUGUGGAAGAAUGCAAUGUCGUUUAAUUUACCUGGAUCUGAAGUGUAUACUGAUGCUCAGAAUCUACAGAAAUUCACCAACAAGGAAUUCGGUCCUUUAAUUAAGAUGGGCAAAUCGUUGAAAAUUACCUUAAAACCAACAAAGCCAGAAAGAGACGACGAGUCUUCCGAAUCGUAUAAUGGACCAAAGAGACCUCCUACUGUUGAAGAGUCGAAGCAACUCUUCCAGGCAGCUCAACGAGGCGACGUGAGAAAGUUGGACUCCAUCUUGAGAUUGGGCGUAGAUCCAAACUGUUAUCAAGAGACCCAACAAGGCAAUGACCGAUUUACUUGGCCUCUCAUGUCAGUUGUGGCUAGUAAUGGUCGUACGGAAGCUGCUGAUUUAUUGAUAAAGUAUGGCGCCAAUGUGGAAAUCACUGAUACUUGGUAUGAAGGAAGACCGUUAGCUUGGGCUGCUUGGAAUGGGCAUAUAGAGUUCUGUCGACGACUCAUUGAACGACAUGGAGCCAAUCGCUUUGCGAAAAACACCAAGGGUCAAGUCGCGUUUGAUUUAGUAUCUGAUCCAACAAAUCCCAAAUGGCGUGGAGUUUUGACGGACGGAGAUUAUGAAGAUUCAAAUAAAAGCAAAAAGAGGAAGAAGCAAACUGACUCUGAUGAAACAGAGCGCCCUCCUCAGCGAAUGAAGUACGACGACGAUGAAGACUUUUCUGGCUCAACGUCAAGUAAACCAGGUCAACAAUACGCAACUCCAGGAUCUGCAUCUCAAAGGCCGUCACUUCCCAGAAAUUCUACUGUACAAGGAAGAGGUGGAUCUGCACCUUUGUCAGCUGGUCCUUCACCUACUAUCGCACCACCGCCUGUUAGUACAUCUAUAAAACAGCAAAAUCGAAUUGCUGCUUCUGGUGGUAAGAAAGGUGGUUCUGGUCGUGCUACUAGAGCUGGCUCUGAGGAAAUGGAUGAUGGUCCGAUUCCGUCUGCAGGUCGUCAUGAGGUAGAUUUGGGACGAGUCAAUCAAUAUUAUACAGGAUUGCCAUUUAGUAACAUUAUCGCCAACACGUAUCAACCACCUAAAACCCCACUGAUUGCCAAAAUUCGAAUCUUUUCGAAUCCCGAUCCUUCACGAUUAUCCGUAAACCUUCCCCGACAAUCACCGCCGUAUCUGCUGCAUGCAACUUCAGGCCGUUCAUUAGCUGUGUCACACUCAAUCUCGUCGGUAACUAUUCAGGUACACUGUCCAAACAACUAUCCAGAUCAGAUGAGGUCGCUUCGUAUGGCAUUCAAGGACAUGAGUGCAAAUGGUGGUGAAGUAAAGAUAUUUGGGCCGUCUGCACAAGAGAUGGAGCCUAGCUCUGGAAUGUAUGAAUUCAAAGCUGAAUUGAAGGAGGGCACGAACGUGUAUGCUUUACGAGUCAUAUCGGCUGCUGUUGCUGAAAGUGAGGCUCGACCACCUACUAUGGUUGAGGAAAUUAAUUUUGUGCUGCAACGGUUCUGA